AUUUAAAUUACAAACUUAAAGUUGUAUGAUUGAUAAUUAGACUUAAAAUUGGGCAGAUCUACCAUCAGAUUCAGAUGAAGAAAAUGAGAAACCUUAGGUUGAUUCACAAAACUCUAAAUUUCAAAAUUAAUAGGGAGGAUAUAAAUAUAAAAAUAAUUAAUACCAAUAAGGCUCAUCAGCUAGAUAAUAAAGAUAAAAUUAAGAAUAAUAAUAAGGACAGGAUAACUAGAAUUAAGAAAAUGAUGAACAUGAUAAUUAGACUAAUAAUCCUGAUCAAUAAAAUUAAUAGGGGAUUAAUAAUUAGAGAAAUAAUCAAUAUAAAAAAGGUUAUAGGGAUAACAAAGAUAGAAGAAAUAGAGGAGAUGGUAAUUAUAGAGGAAAUCGAGACAAUUAAAAGAAUUAUAGAAAUAAUUAUAAUUAAGAUGAUAGAAAUGAUAGAUAAUAUAGAUAAGAUAGAUAAGAUAGAAAUGAUAGAUAAGAUAAAUAAGAUAGAAAUUAGAGAUAAGACAGAAAUGAUAGACCUGAUAGAAAAAAUUAUGAAAGGGAUAACACAGGUAUAAAAUUUAAUGAUUAAUUUAAGGACUUAUUGAGUAAAAGAAGGAAUAAUUGAAAAAUUAUAAUGGAGAUAGUAUAAAUUUAUUAAUUCAUUGCAAACUUGCUGAAAAUCAAUUGCUUGAAGUAUUAAAAGAUAUUGUUAUGAAAAACUUAAUUUUACAUGAUGAUUAAACACAAUUUGAUGUGGACAAGGAUAAUGCACUAAAGUUAUUGGAAGUUUAUAAAUUAUAAAUUGUAAAAAAUUCAUAUUUAUACUUUAUUUAGGAAAUAGAUGGCAGACCAUAAAAACUUUAUAUGAGAAUUGGAUCAGAUCAUGAAAAAAAUAAUUACGGAAAUAGAGGAGGAUAUUAAAAAUAAAAUUAUUAGUAGAGAUAAUAACAAUAGAAUGAUAAUUAAAAUGAAUUUUAGAACAGAAAUAAAGAAGGUAAAUUCUAAAAUAAAAGAAAUAAUUUUGAACCUCCUAAAAUUUUUAGAAAUACAUCUUCUCGAGUUGAUGAUAAUGUAAUUUAAUUUUAAUUUCAUUAGUAAUUGUAAACAGAACAACCAUAAUAAUAAUAGCAAAACAAUGAGCCUUAAGAGAAUAAAGGAAAUAUAGUAGAAUAAUAAUAAAAUUAAAAGUAUGAGAAUACAGUUGAGAAGACUGGAAAUUAAGAAGAAAAUAAUUAAUAAAAUUAAAAUUAAGAGUAAAAUCAAUCAAGAAAUAAUUAUAAAGGUCAUGAUAAUUAAAAUAGAGGCUAUAGAUAGAAUAAUAAGCAAUAUAAUAAAAAUAAUAAUUAAUAUAGAGAAUAAAACAAUCAAAAUCAAGAUCAAAAUGAAUAAGAUAAGGAUAAUUAAAAUCAAUUUAGGAAUAGUAAUAAUAAUAAUCAAUAUAGAGGAAAUAGAGAUAGAUAAUAAUAAAAUAGAAAUGAAAAUUAUAAGAAUAAUAAUAAUAAUGACUAGGAAGAUAAAGAUCAUAGAGAAGAAAGAGAUCAUUAAGGAGAAGGUCAAAGAAUUUAUCAAAAUAAUAGAGGAAAUUAUAGAAAUAAUAACAAUAGAAAUAAUAGAAAUAAUGAUGAUGAUAAUAAUUAGGAUAAUUAUAAUAAGAACAAUAAUGAUGGAAAUAAUAAUCGAAAUUAAAAUAGAAAUUAUAAUGAUCAAGACAACACUAGAAAUUAAAACAAGGAUAAUUACAGAAACAAUAAUAAAAGAGAUAAUCGAGGAUAUGAGAAUAGAUAAUAGAAUUAAGAAGGAGAUGAAGAUCGUUAAAAAAAAUAAAAUUAUAGAGGAAAUCCACAUGUAUUUAUAUUAUUUUGAUAAUAGAAUGAAAUAAAUGAGUUUGCAUUUAGUCAUCAUUAUCAUGAUAAAUAAAAGAAAGAAACAUAAAAAGUAUCAAUAAAAUCAAAAAAUAUUUUCGAAGUAUUUUAAGAGUGAUUGUUCAUCAUUAAAUUAAUGUUAUUUGUGUUUUUUGAUGCGAU